GGGCGCGCGAGGAGGGCAGAUCGAUGCCAUUACAAGCAAGGCUUCGCGGGGUAGGUGGGUUCCGGGCCCGGCCACCUCAACAGCUUAAAUUACUCUGGUAGGAAUACCUUGGGUAUUUGAACCCGAACAACCAUGGCUCUGGGACACACCUGAAUGUCAACUUCCACGACGGUUGCCCCACGUCAUCGCCUUCGCCCGGCCACGGGGAGACCCUAAAGCUUACGAGCAUGUGUCGCCAACCAGCUUCAGCUCCUCCCGAACGCGGUGAGCAUGGGCGAGACGACUUCCCGUGGCGCCUUGGCGCGUGCGACGCCCACUGCCACCCGACCGACACCAUGUCCUCGGUCGCGAGCAUAAGCGGCAUGCGGGCGCGUGCUCUGGCAAUCAUGGCGACGCGCUCGCAGGAUCAGGACCUCGUGGCGUCGGUUGCAAAGCAGCACAUGACCCUGGAUCGCGCCAUAUUAGGUGAAGCGUCCGCAGCGCAGCACGCGUCAGGCAGAGUCGUGCCAGCAUUCGGAUGGCACCCGUGGUUUUCGUACCAGCUCUAUGACGACAUGGAUCACGGGGGUGGCGCGAGCAGCGGCAGCACAUAUGACCCUGCAGAGCCGAAAGCCGAGCAGAAAGCGAAGCACUACAGCGCCGUGCUGUCUCCAGCGCCCGACGACGGGUUCAUGGCCGCCCUGCCGGAUCCGAUACCGCUGAGCCGCUUCAUCGCCGACACCCGGCGGCGGGUUCUCGAGGCCGGGACGGCGCUGAUCGGCGAGAUCGGUUUGGAUAAAGCGUUCCGCUUGCCGUGGCCGUGGAACGAGGCGGCGCAGUCGGGCCGCGACGAAACGCUCACGCCAGGCGGGCGAGAGGGCCGCAUGCUGAGCCCGCACCACGUAAAGAUGGCGCACCAGGUGCAGGUGCUCAAGGCCCAGCUGCGGCUGGCCGGCGAGCUGGGCGUCGCGGUCAGUGUCCACGGCGUGCAGGCGCACGGCGUGCUCUUCGACGCGCUGGCGUCGCUCUGGAAGGGGCACGAGAGGGAAGUGGUGUCGCGCCGGAAACAGAAGCUGGUGGCCCAGGGGGCCGAGGACUUCUCCUCGUCGAGCGAGGACGAGGGCGAGGGCGAGGACGACGCGCCGAGGAUAGCGGGGAAGCGCUACAAGCCCAAGCCGUUCCCUCCCCGGGUGUGCCUGCACUCGUUUAGCGGCUCGGCGCAGACGCUGAGCCAGUACCUUAACCCGGCGAUCCCCGUGCGGGUCUUCUUCUCCUUCUCGACCGUGAUCAACUUCUCGACGGCCGGGGGCGAGGGCAAGGUCUACGAGGUGAUGCGAACCUGCCCCGACGACCGGCUGCUGGUCGAGACCGACUUGCAUUGCGCCGGCGAGGACAUGGACCGCGCGCUGGAGGAUGUGUACCGCAGGGCCUGCGAGAUCAAAGGCUGGUCCCUGGAGGAGGGUAUGGAGCGAAUACGGAAGAACUACGAGGAGUUCAUCUUUGGUUGAGUUUUCCUGUCACAACGCAGCGGGCGCGAGACGCUAUCGCCAUGAUGAUGUGCAUAGCACACCAUCUCCAAAGUUUGCGUACGGGGGAUCUCUCUGGCUGCCUCAUCGUUUCCAUUUCCAUUGCUCCUCUGUUGGACGGUACAGUGUAAAUACGUAGUGGCGGUUUCACAGUGCUCGGAGGUAAAGUUACCGCCGGCAUCUGGGUUUCGCGUUCACCGCACGAAUCCAUUCUCCGUCGUGAUGACAGCGAUUCACGCAGUUCAAAAACAUACGUAGCCCUGCCAAAGGUUA